UGGUCACAAUAGUUAUCGGCUAUCGAUUGUCCUUGCCACAGCUGAUUCCAUUUGGCGUCUAUUUGGUUUUGGUUUAAGCAAAUUAUUGUUUGGCGCCUUUAGCUUUAAGAACCUUGGAUGAUCAGUGGGUUUUUUGAGUGCGCAAAAUGUCCGACGACGACUGCGAUAUAUUCAGUGCUGCUCGCAAGCGGGUUCCCGUGAAAGCUUUGCCCAAGGAAUCUUACGAUCUUAGCAAUGAUUCCUUCUCCAAGGAGGUGGACUACGAUUUCAUUGAAGACGUCACCAAAAAAUCAAAUAAACCCAGCAAACGCAAGCCCCGUGCAGCGAAGCGGGAAAAGCCACAGGAAAGUCGGGAUGGCGCUUCGCCUUCAAAACAGGCAAAACAAGAAGAAGAGGUUGUGGAGCCAGAAAAUGAUGAGAGGACCGAGCGCUCCCUAUCACCGGUAUCCCAGUUGAUAUGGGAGAUGGAAAAGAGAAAAGCCAACGAUACCGCUACCCAGUUGAUCCCGGAUGUGCAGAAGCAUGCGAAAGAAAAUGAUAUUGGUUCUGUGGCCAGACGCACACGAUCAUCGCUAAAUAAGGCGGAAAUGGCGCCAGCACCUGUGGCAGCCACUGUGGAGGUGACCACAAAGGUGAAACCAAAAAAGCGCGGCAGAAAAAAGGGCACAUCAUCGACAGCCAUCGACGUGGAAACUGUGUCGGCUUCGGUGGUGUCCUCAUUGGCAAGCAUUGUGACUAGCUUAAACCAGAACAGAAUCAACAAACGGCGGACGGUGGCCGAAAUUGCAGCCCGUUCCAAGGUGGUGGACAGCAUUGAUCUGGUAUCGGCGGUGGCUCCGCGAGUGGAGGGCUUUGUUAAUCUGGACUCUGAAGACGAGGGUGAACCUCCUGCUGCCGUAGGGGAAGAAAAUAUUUUUGAUGAUGCCAAUCCCACCAUAGAAGUUGCUUUGUCUUGGCUUGGCGAGAUCCAGAUUUAUAAAUUGCGGCAGCAUCAAAUGUUCAAGCAUCUGUUCAAGGAAGUAGCAUCACGCAAUGGAGUAGAUGAGGACGAUAUAUCGGUGGAUAUGUACUACAACUUUCUAGGACCCGAGGAUACGCCGCACAGCAUUGGUCUCAAAUCCUUCCAUACGCUCACUGGCCAUCCAACCAAGUCCCAUAAUAACAAACGUGUAGCUGCUAAGGAUGGCAACAAUCCAGAAGCUCUUAGCAGGAAACCUAAAAAGUUUCAAGUCAAAAUCCAGGCGGAUAAAUGGAAGAAUCCUUUGGUGAUACCCAUGAAGAAAAAGGAUAGUUUCAAAAUGUUAUAUAUCAAGUGUGCUGAAGAGCUGAACUGUGAUGCGCGACUCAUUAAAUUAUUUUUCGACGGUGAAUUGUUGGAUCCGGAGGAUACGCCCAAGAACCAAGAUAUGGAGGGCAACGAAGUUAUUGAUCUUAAAGUAAAAGUUUAAAUUUUUUGAAAUGUUAUUUUUAUUUUAUUUUUAAAAUCAAUUAUAAUUAUGUUAUUUACCAAUAGCUUAUUGCAGUGCAAGAUUUAUACAUAAUUUAUAUUAUUAUUAAAUGUAAGAUUGAAUUAUUCUC